UUAUGGAAUUCUUUUGAUUGAAGUAGGAUGUUGGGAAGUUCUCGGCGAGAAGCAAUUUCCAAAUAUCGACUUGGAAGCUAUGCAGCAGGUGAAAGAAAGUCUUGCGAACAAAUGUGAUGGCAUAUCUGUGGCUGACUAUGGUGGAUUGGUAAGCAGUUGUAUUUUACGUGUCGCUGGCGACAGACCAGAUAUCACAUAUAUUAGGGAGCGGUUAGACGAGGAGUCUCAGUCCAAUAUGGAUCUUGAUUAG